GGCAGCCACUGCUCCUCGGGCAAAUAAUACCAGAGUGGCUCUCCAAGUCUUCGACAUGAACUAUGGAGACCAGUUUGGCAGCCUCUGGCCUUCAAUUCGCAUCAGUCUCCUGUCAAUGCAAAAAUAUGGGGCCCUAGUCAACAAUUUCUCUGAUGUAGAGCAGGUCAUUCAGAGUCUGGAAAACCUCAAUGCAGUAGAUUUCAUCCAAGAAUCUCAGGAAGUAAUUGAGGAAUUAGAUUCCUCCAUUGAAGAAGAUGACAGUGUGCCAACUUCAUCUCCCCAAAUCCAGACAGAACUUUCAAAGACUCAGGCACAAUAUUUUCCUUCUGUCAGUCCUAACAUCAAAUGUUACACAUUCCCCAAAGGAGACAUCAGUCGUUUUCGUCAAGCCAGACCAGACAUCGUAGGAAUUCUUGGUUACUAUCUCCUGGAUGCUGCCUCGAUUUUACCUGUUUUGGCUCUCAAUGUACAGCCUGGAAGCAUGGUCCUUGAUCUUUGUGCAGCCCCAGGUGGGAAGAUGCUGGCACUUUUACAGACUGGGUGUUGUUGUGAGCUGACAGCCAAUGAUCUCUCUGGUUCUCGCACUAUCCGGCUACGUAACGUCCUCCGCAGCUAUCUCCCCAAAGAGAUCCAAAAUGUAGUGCGGGUUACCUCGUUGGAUGGAAGAAAUUGGUCCCAGACAGAAACAGGCACUUAUGAUAAGGUACUUGUUGACGUGCCAUGCACAAAUGAUCGAAAGUCAGUCUUGGAAGAAGAUAACAAUAUCUUCACAUACGCAAGAAAAGGGGAACGUCAGAUGUUGCCAAUGCUCCAGCUGCAACUGCUCAUAGCUGGAGUCCUUGCUGCUAAGCCAGGAGGAGAGGUGGUAUAUUCCACAUGCUCUCUGUCUGAGCUCCAAAAUGAGUAUGUGGUUGAGAGAGCUGUGGAGUUACUAAACAUCCAGUACAGCAUCAACGUGACAGUAGAAGACUUGAGGCAUUUUCGGAGACUGUUCCAGAACACAUUUUCUUUCUAUUCAAAUUGUAGACUUGGAGAACUUAUCCUGCCCCACCUCACAGCUAACUUUGGACCCAUGUAUUUUUGCAAAUUGCACAGAAUGAACUAGAUUGAAGAAAGGACAGUACAUUAUUAAAUAUCUCUUCAAAAGAUGAAA